UUGCCAUCGACGCGAAUCGGAAAUGUUUAUAAAAUACGUUGUUUCGAAGAAAACUUGUCUUUAGAAUACUUUAUUUGUUUGUACGAGCCUUAUUCUAGCUGGGAUUGUAAUUAUUCAUUAUGAGCGAGUAAGGUCUGCUAUUCUGAGAUAGUUUUACCUAACCAAGAAGCUGCCAAGCCACCUCGGACUUACAGCAACGAUAACUUCAGAUUUUUUCCCUGAGGACUUGCAAACCCAACAAGAAGCAUCAUCAGUUUGUCCAUUACCCAAUACAGGACACAAGCUCACCCCCCCCGGAUGCACCUAUAGACAUGGCAGCAGAGACUCCAGGCCCUCAAAAUGAAAAUUGUACCACAGAGGCCGGAGCUAGCUCAUCCCUUGAGCAGCCUCCACAGUCAAAAGCAAAGAAAUUUGGAAAGAAAAAGUCCACCACCGCCAGUUCAGAGACACCCAGACAAACAAGUGCAACUGCAGAGAGUCAAGCAGGCGAAAACACAGGGAGGAGUACUGAAGAAGAGUUUAAAAGACAGCUGGAUUGGUGUAUUGAGCAGCUGGAACUGGGAAUGAAAUCGCACAAAGCCACUCCAAGGCAGAGGGAGGAUGCAUCUCAUGGUCUUAAGACAUUAUGCAGCUCCAAAGCUCCUCUGGUCAAGAAGAGGCAAGUGAUGAGAGCCAUGACUGGAGAUUACAGGAAAAAAAUGGAAGAGGAAAAGCACAAGCAAUUCAAACUAAUCAAAAGCGAAGUUGCACUAGCUCAGGUCAAAGUAAAGUCAGGGUCACCCAGAAAAUCGGUUUUCCAUCGGAGAGCUGAAGGUAAACAGGAGGAAAACCGGCAUCAAAGUGAAGCUCAAGAAUCAAACCCAAAGGCUCCUCAAGAAGGCUUUGUGUUCACUGCAUCAAAAGGGGAGUUUCGUUUCAAUUUUCUGUGAUUGCAAAUUUCAGGAGAAACUUGGUUUCACGUUUGAAACAAUUGGCUGUCUUUUAGCGAAAUAAAAGUGAAAAUAUAUAA